GACCACCAGAACCUCUGGAAAAUUGCACUAUCUCCAACCUGACUCAAACCACGAUAGUGAUAGAGUGUUUUGAAGGCUAUGAUGGUGGACUUCGACAACAUUUCUACGCAGAGGUUUUUCACAAGGGUCAAAAUGCAUUGGAAUCGAACUUUACGACUCAGAGCCCAGUAUUCUUUGCUAGAAAACUUAGUCCUGGAUCUCUGUACGUGGUCAAACUUUAUGCCAUCAACGUUCAAGGUAAAAGUGAGCCUUUCGUGACGAACAUCGAGACAUUACAAGCACCAGCAACCCAAUCUAGACGUGAUGUUGGCUGGCAUUUCCCAGUGAAACCGAUUUUAAUAACAGUGGUGUCUGUAGUAGUGAUUUUCAUCCUGAUAGCUGCCUGUGCUCUCAUCCUGCAUAAAUCAAGAAUACUCACUCGCAGGAAAGGUAGCAGAAAACCAGGUGGGCAAGAUCUGAAAUAUUCUGAGCCGUUAGAAAAAGAAGUUUUUGUCAGUGAAGAUUUAUCUAGAGGCACAACAUGUGAAGAAAAAUGCCCAGAUGUUAUUCCAGCAGAAAUGAAGUACGUCGAGAGCGCUGUAGGAGAAGCAGCGUCAUCUAGUUUCACAGAAAUACAUUUAUAUCCAGAAACUUCUCCUGGGCGAUAUGCUUCACAAGCCUCUUCCACAAAGCACGUAAAACCGGUGGAGCAUCAGGAUGAGAAUGUGGUACAAAAUUUGGAAAAGUGUACGCCUCUUCUCACGGACUUUGAAAAAACUCAAGACUCUCAGUGUUCUCAAUCCAGUGGAGAUUACCUUGAUUUACAAACAGGAUACAGAAAAGAAGUGGCUGAAGCUUUACUUGCCGCACCCCCUAGGGACUUCCAACAGACUGAAGUUUAAGACUUGGUGUGUAAGAAGAAGAAAAAAAAAGAUACAAUUUAUAACGUAACCAAUAGAGACGUGGCUGACCUUGCGAAGUGCCUUGCUUCUCGCUUGCUAGACACGUAACAAACUCGAAUGGGGGCACAUGGGUCAAGUCAGUUUUUACUAAACUUUACUAAGAUAAGUAUAUUUAUUCUAAUUGUAUCAUGUAAACAAGUAACUAUUACUUACAUUUCAGGUAUUAUAUUACACCAUACCUACAUAAUGGAAAGACACAUAAACAGAAACAGCAAAAAUUCUUGAAUUGCACUGAAUGUUAAUUUCUCUAAAAUUGGAAUGUUUAAUUACUACUACAGUGGUGGAUAUGGCUAUUACAACCAAUACAAAUGUAAAUUGUAGUUCCCACCCUGCCACUCUGUUCAUCUCACUAUUUGAUGUAUUUAUCAGGAAUUUUACAUUCUCAAUCCAUGCUUGGCCAGACAAAGUUAAUAAAUCUACUUGGCAUCAGAACUAUUAAAAUACAGCGUGAGCAUCACAACUAAUCACAUUCUUACAUACUGUAUUUCAAUCUACUUGGCAUCAGACUAUUAAAAUACAGCGUGAGCAUCACAACUAAUCACAUUCUUACAUAUUUCGAGGUUAUACCAACUUAUUUCGCAUUAAUGUUCUGGUUCUGAAUAUGUAUGCUAAGUAUAUACAGUUUUUAAUUUCUCGUUCUUAAAUAUAUAUUUGUAUAUAUAAAUCAACACAAAUAUAAAAUAAGAACAAUAAACAAGUCGUUCGCUUGGUGUUCAUGUUUUAGUGUCAACUACAACACAUUAUUUAAAUGUACACGAAUGUGAUACAAAAUUGCGUAUACAGGAAUAAAUGUGUAUCCAGCACAAACAAUUACAAGUUGUUUACAAUACGUAUGUUUAAUUAUUGAUUGCUUAUUAAGGACAUAGUAACCUUAUUAGUAAUAUAUAUCAGCUGAAGAACAGUGAAAUUUGAUUUGGUGCCAUCUAUGUGUUCUUGUCCCUAAAAGAUAUUGGUUUGAAAAAGGAUCUUUGUCUUGUAAUAUGAUUUGAAAGAAUUACAAGAUACAGAUCACUAUUGUAUAUGAUUUGGUUAUACAUGUAACACAUUU